ACUCCCGCACACGCGCAGUCUCGCACACUCGCACGCACGCACGCUCGCACACACACACUCAUUUGUUUUCCUUCUCUUCCAGCCUGGAGACGUUCUAGAUCCUGAGGUUGCUGGCGUGUCUGUAGUCCUUGAACACUCGUUUGAAUUUGAUGACAGCGUGCGUUACAAGAAGAGAGGUACGUUGCUGUGGAGACCAGGCCGUGAAAACUCUCUCACAUUAUCUCAGAUGCAGCUGACAGAGGAUGAGAGGGUCAAACUCAGAGAUAUGGCUGGUACAGACGGGUUGUACCGGAUUCGAAUCCCAAGAAAACUAGGCAGUGAGAGUUCUACUUUGGAUUAUGUCUCAUCCUUUGUUCGAAUAUGUGCUCUGGUUGAGUCUCACCUCUCUGAUGUGAUCACAGUUAACACAGAUGUGUCUGGCAAUAUCAUCGGUGUUUCCAUAGUAACUAUCCCAGGGUCCUGCAAUGGAGCUGAGGUGGAAGACGUGGACUUGGAAGUGUUUAACACAACUGUGCACCUCAUGCAACCGGUACUGGCAGCAGCGCCAGAGACUGCAGCAUUUAUCGAGCGGCUGGAACAUGAACAGGCUCAGAAAGCAAAAAACCCACAGGAGCAGAAGUCAUUCAUCGCAAAAUAUUGGAUGUACAUCGUUCCCAUCGUGAUUUUCCUGAUGAUGUCGGGCGCACAGGACCCUAACGGGGGCAGCGGUGGCUCUGGUGGAGGUGGGAGGUGAUGUACGUGGCCACCAGGAUGCGUCCCAAGACCGAGGCAUUCCCAAUCGAUCGUCACUCCUUGUAAAUACAUCUUGUCUCAUAUUUGGUGGAGAAAGAUAGCAGGACGCACACACUUGCCAUCUGGGAAAAGUGAAGUAUGAAUCGUAGAGGUAUAACACUGUUGAUUGGAAAAUAAAGUACAUUACUGUUUGUUAGUGAUCCUUCAUUGCACAACUCCUUUCCAGCCACUAGUUGCCACCAAUGCACUGUAGUUUAACAAGGUCGGUGAACAUUAACGGGUUCAAGGUGAGCUUGUGCCCUCACUUGUGUUGGUUCUUGCAUAUGAAGCCUAAACUCCUCAGUGUUUUGCACUGUUUAUGCAUUACCUGUAGUAACAGGUGUCUGAACAAACUUGCCCCAAGUGUAUGGUGUUCUGUGACAAUAAAUGGAAAUUACUGAGA